AUUGAUUUCAAGAUAAAGACUGUUGAACUGAAAGGGAAGAAGAUCAAGCUCCAGAUAUGGGAUACAGCUGGACAGGAGAGGUUUCACACCAUCACCACUUCAUACUAUCGAGGAGCCAUGGGAAUUAUGCUAGUCUAUGACAUUUCUAAUCCUAAGUCAUUUGAUAACAUUGCCAAGUGGCUUAGAAACAUAGAUGAGCAUGCAAAUGAAGAUGUUGAGAAAAUGAUCCUGGGAAACAAGUGUGACAUGGAUGAUAAGCGAAUGGUUGCUCGAGAAAGGGGAGAAGCUAUUGCUCGUGAGCAUGGAAUCCGCUUCCUGGAAACAUCUGCCAAAGCAAGUGUGAACAUCGAGAAAGCCUUUCUGGAUCUGGCUGAAGCUAUCCUCAACAAAACCAUGAAUCAAGAGCAAAGUCAACCACAGGACAGGGUUCACAUAACUCCACAAAGUAGAGCACCAUCUAACAGAUGCUGCUAGCUCUCUUGCCCUUUUUGUGUAUGAGACAGCCUGGGAACCUAUUCAGUCAUUGAGCAAAGUGCAGUGAUGGAGUCAGUCAUUGAGCUAGUGCAGUGAUGCUCAAUGCAAGCAUGAAAACGAGCAGACAGAGAUGCAUAUCAAGGUGCUCCUGUGGUGAUGAAAUGCCCAUGAGUGAUUCUUUUUUUUUAGUCUCCUCUCUCUCUCAAAAAAAAAAAAACAGGUUAUGCAGAGAGAGGAUGCUUCAGUGACUGGGUACCUAAAAUAUCUUGCUACUCCAAUUGAGGUCUCACUUUUUCUUGUAGAGAAAACUUUACUGACAUGGAGGUCUUCUUCAUGGUGUUCUUAUAGGCUUUUUCUUUAUAAUGCAGUUGUGAAUGGUGUUCUUGAGCUUGCAACAGUUAAUGGCUCUCCUUAGAUCAUUCCUGAUUUUGCCAUUACCAGAGUGUCAGCCACUCUCAACUGAUCCCAGUUUGACCAGCUGGACACAGUGAGUAUGUUCAUUUAAUCUUCAACUAAUGCAAGUCCAGCUUCUGAUUCAUACUGAACCAAUAUGUCUCCAUGAUUGAGAACUUCUCAGACAAACUUCUCUUGCAGGGUGGCACAUGCUUGUGUUCAUGGUAUUAAAGAUUACUUGCUGUUAAAUAAGUCACACAAAUUUGCAUCCAAAUGAUACCAUUCAAGAUCUCUCAUGGGAUGGAUCUGAUCUGAUUCUUCAGAUUGUGUGAAACUGGCUGAUCUAUGAUGAAUACAUUUCUCCAAAAUCCAGAUGAAGUGCUUCAUCCUCUAAUAUGCAAAAUCUCAUCUCUGCUUUUAAAGUUGUGGCAGAGGCUUGCCACUUGUUUUCAUUGUCAUUCAAAUGUAGCAGUGGCCAGUCAGUAUUUGCUCCCAGGAAAGCUUUUGUAUCACACCACCUUUUAAUGUAGUCUUUUGUAAGAGCUCGCUGUGAUCAGUUUCGAGUGAUCACCUCUGGAAAAAGAUCAGUUUGCAUGACUGCAGAUGGUGUUCAGCCUUCCCUGUGCCCUAGCUUGCUGUUCCUCACUUGGGCAAACACCCAUGAAUUAUAUGCAUCAUAAAAUUGUUAUUGAAUGCCAAUUGAAUUGCCAUUGUUCACACCAUCUGAUUUGGCAAAGAAAUGGAUGUCAAUGGCCUUUUCAUUAUCUGCCAUCUUUUUUUCCAUGAUUUUUCUGACUUAUGCUUCCUCAUAUCCCUUUGCCUUGUGUGAUUUUUCUCAUGGGAUUUGGGGUCAAAGAACAGUGCUUAGUUUUGACCUGGGAAAACUUCCAGGCUGUAAAGGUUUUCCUUAUCUUUUUUGAAUAUGAGCAUGUCCAUAGAAAUGAAGCCAUAAUCAGUGAGGGAUGUCAUGCUAUGUCACUCAAUCCAAUCACUUUUCACUGGUCUGUACAUAUAUUGGUAUUGAUUAGAAUGAUUCUAUAUUUUUCCAUUGUGAUAUUAUGAGGAAGACACCUUUUGUGUUGGAAGCUGGAAAUUUGCUUUCUUCGUUUGGAAGCAGACUGUCCAUAUGUAUAACAGAAUAAUAAUACCUUUUGUGGGGCC